AUGGAGGGUCGAGCUUACUUUCAAGCCAGCAUCAUCCAACGGAUUCGCUCAUGGCUGAAGAUUUAUGAGCAGGCUAUGGUCAAUGAACAGUCCAUCUCGGCCAGCACUUUGAGACAUAGAGAAAACAAGCAGAUCUCGUGGCGUCCACCUGAAGAAGGCUGGAUCCAAAUUCAGACGGAUGGAUCGGUCAUCUCCCCCACAAGCAAAGCUGUUGCUGGUGGCCUCCUGCGUGCCUUUGUUUGCAACCUUGGUGCCUGUUCGAUUACUGACGCUGAGCUCAAGGGUGCAGCUGAAGGGUUGAGUUUGGCCUGGUUAAUGGGAUUCAAAAAGAUUCUCUUGAACCUUGAUUCCAUGACCGCCAUCAGCAUCAUCAACUCUGGAGAAGAUGAUCACAGACACAACCUCCUCGCCAACCAUAUUAGAGAGCUAAUUGAUAGAGAAUGGGAAGUUAAAGUUCCUCAUGUAUAUAGGGAGAGUAAUUUUGCUGCUGACUAUCUUGCUUGUAUAGGGCAUGAUUUUCCUUUUGGCACACAUCCUGUCGAUGUGAGUGACCCGAAACUGUGUUCUUGGCUCUCCUACGAUGUUAUGGGCAUCACCCAUGAUCGUUUUGUUUCUAUGAAUUAG